AGUCUCCUAAAAACACGAAAUGUUAUUAAAUUAAUAAAUUGAAGAGUUAUUGAACACAUUUCAGUCUCAGUCGGGUAAUAGCCAGACUUUAAAAUACAAAAUUCUACUCCAAAUGAAAGUUCUUACCUGUGAAGCUACAAUCAUGCGAAGCUAGAAUCGCCUGUGGCUUUGAAUAGACGGUUCAUCAAUUAAAAUCUUAAAUUAUAAUCUUGCAAAUUGAAAAGUAAUUUUAGCAAAAUUAUUCUUCCUCUGAGAGGAAGGAGAACAGAGAGAAUGAGUGAGUAACCCGCUCACAGACUCGUGGUGGUGGAUAGCUUUUUUAAUGCUCGAUUUCGGGCACUACGCGACGUCAUAUCUAGCUUUGCAUACUAGAUUUUUAGUAUGUGAAUUUGAGUGUGCUGGAUAUCAAGUUCAAAAUCAUUUCAAUUACUAUUUAUUAAGUAAGCACCUAGUAAACAAGUAAGUUUUCGAUGGCCACUUUAUAACAGGUAUCCGUUUGGGUUAACUUUAUUCCAAACUUGCCUGUUGACUAGAAAUAGAUGUCAGUUUACUUAUUAUAAAUCAAUGUAGGAAGUUACCCCGAUAUUUGAUUUGGGAAUUUCUAAGCGUGUACUACUGAUUACAACUGAAUUUUUAUAUUCAUCAAUUAAUUGUAAACCCCUUAUAAUUUGUAUUUUCAUUUUGAUUGAUUUUAGAUACUGUCAAUUUGUCUCCAGGAAGUUUCGAAAAGAUACGUUCAUCAUAUUGUACGGUUGCAUAGAUCUUGCAAAUUUUGUAGGAAAACAUGAGUCCUGUAACGGAGGCCGUUGAAUCUGAGCAGAGCUCUCCUUCCUCCAUGAUAACAUCCCCUGCAGAGGAAUACAUUUGUUUGAAAGUAAAGGAUGUUUUGGGCAUGACAACGUUAGACUUGAAGCGAUUGGUUUAUCCUGUCGACGCCACUUUUAAAAAUCUCUUCGACGAUACGGCUGAAGCAUUUGGAAUGAAUGUCGAAGAUUUUGAUCUGACAUAUCAAGAAAAAAUGGACCUGUACGAACUGUCCGCCAUGCCAUCCCACGAAAGACUGACAGCAGCAAAUCUCCUCCCUUCACGACAGAAAGAGUACGCGAUUACUUUGUCGACUCGAUCGAGGAGGAACAAGAAAAAGUAUCUUCAAUCCAUAUCGUGUAAUCUGGAAAGGUCCCUAGAUUUGCCCGCAAACACCAAUGAUGACAUGCUGCUUGACGAUGAAACAUCCGAAGGAGGUAGAUUUGUUGGACUAAAGAAUAAAACAAUGACCUGUUAUUUAAACAGCGCCAUCCAAGGAUUGUGGUUUACUCCACAAUUUCGUAAUCUAAUUUAUUCUUUCAACCCACAAAAUGGAUCGGGAAAUAGAAAAAGUAUUUGCAGACCGCUGCAACAAAUUUUUCUCUUGCUACAGUUCUCUGCUCGUGACGCCAUUGAAACCGACGAACUGACGAGGACUUUUGGUUGGACGGACCGGGAUACGUGGCAGCAACAUGAUAUCCAAGAGCUGUGCUCACUGCUGAUGGAAAUGCUUACUGCUGAGUUUAAAUCGACUCCACAGGACGGGCUGAUAAAUUCUUUGUAUUUUGGUUUCCUCGCAGACUAUGUUAAAUGUCUCGAGUGCCAUAACAUCAGACAUAAACCGGAAGAAUUUUUGAUUCUCCCACUUCCUAUCAGGAAGCCAAACAGGAAACAAUUGGACGAACCGACCCUUGAAGAGGCAUUGCGAAUAUUCACUAUUCCCGAGCUGCUGGAUGGCAAUAAUCAGUAUCGAUGCGAAAAGUGUGAUAAACCAGUAGAUGCUCAUAAGGGAUAUUUGUUCAAGAAGUUGCCUUGCAUCUUUAGCGUCCAAUUGAAAAGGUUUGAUAGUGACUGGGAGACUAAUCGGCGUUACAAACUGAACGAUAAAAUCGUUUUUCCGGUGGCACUAGACAUGAAUAAAUUCAUGGAUACUUCAGACUUAAGUGGUCCACAAGAUGCGAGCUGCAUGAAUUUAGAGUUACUUAAACCGUCCCCUAAUUCUGACGUAAUGCGCACUUCUCACAGCCGCCCUGGUGUCAUGUUGACGGACGAAAACCAAACCAGAAAAAGACUGGCAGAUAGUUGUAGGGUUGUGGACCUAGGAUCCAACAAGGACGACGUAAUUAAAACCCUUCAGCAAAUGAAAAACGAAAACGGUCCAAAUGUAUAUGAAUUAUUCGGCGUCUUUGUUCACCGCGGUGGCCUUGCUGGAGGUCACUAUUACGCUUACAUACGCGAUUUUGAGACAUACAGAUGGUAUCGGUGUGAUGACGCCAUGGUUAGAAAGGCCCGAGUUGAAGAUGUCACAGCCACGUUUGGAGAUCCUGAGGACACUGAACAAAUGUCCGCAUAUAUGCUCAUGUAUCGUCGAUAUGAUGAGGACAGUGUUUUACCUUUCCUCCGGAGUGAACUACCUCCGCAUAUUUUGGAAACAUUAGACGUAAUAGUGGAAAAUGAUAGGAAAUCAAAGGAAGACGAUGUCAUUGAGAAAAAGACUAUUAAAAUGAUUGUCAAGUACAAGCAGUACAACAGUUGGGAAAUUAGCUCAGAAGAGCUGGUGCUACCAAAAUUUGAAUCAAUUGGUGAUAUUUCUCAUUUCAUAUUUAAGAAAUUCUAUCCGGACUUUCCUCUUCCUCCCUCAGACCACACCCGUGUAUGUAGAUAUGAUCUUGACUUGGGAAUAAUCGAGAACAGUUUUGACGACAGCACACAAAAUUUGUCGUAUUGCUUAAAAAAUCCACCUCCGAAAGCUAAAAACGAGGCCCUCAUACUGGAAGUCAAAAAUGAAACUGAUGUGUUUCCACGAUACUGCGCUGAAGACUUGGUCUUUAUCACUUUGCUCACGGAUUCCGCUUUAGCCAAAGUUGACAAAUGGGAAGAAUUUCAUGCAGAGACAGGCCAUACAAUUGGCGAUUUAAGGAGAAAUAUCUGUUCCAAAUGGAAAAUAGCUGAGGCUUCUUUCCACAUGGCAGUUCAAUGGAACGAUACAAUUCUUCCUUUAAGCGAUGAUGCUAUUAUCUUAAGCUCUUUAGUCAGCUCAAAAAUUAAUCGGCUAUAUGUGGAAGCCAUAUCAAACUCGGACGUCCCAAAAUGGCUCGAAUUUGUGACCUGCUUUGUAAAUAUUACAGAGUACAAUAUUCAAGUGCAACACCUGCCGUCGUCUUAUCCUGGAGGGAAUGAUUUCUUCAACUUAAACGGGAUAGACAUUCGAUUAGAAGUUGCACUCUCUGGACCAGAUGAGUCAAUUCGAAUGUUGACAAAGAAUACUGCUAACGGAGAGAGUAACGUUAAAAUCUUAUCACUAGGAUCUGACACUUUGAAUUGUUCCCCUGAGCUAAAGGAAGACAUCAUUGAAGCUGAUAAGGACAAGGCUUUGGCAAUCGACAGUAGAAUUGUGGAAACCACAAUAAUCACUGUUCAUACGUCUUUAAGUGCAAUGGAAGAAGAUUUAAUACCCAUUGUUAUCAAUGUGGAUUGUAGAGCGACUCUAUCCACCCUCAGUAGAGCUCUGCAGGAAAUAUUUUCCGUCCCGGAAACCUCAUAUUGCUUUUUUAGUUUGAGAGAUAACGAGGAGACUGAGAUCCAGGAUUAUAGUCGUAGAAUUCAGAACGUCCUUUGCCAAGGUGACAAUUUGAGAGUUCGAUUCUGCAGACGUUUGCAGCCAUACGAAGGUCGUGUUUCAGUCUUUCUAUUAAAAAUUGAUGAUGUGACGGAUCCCGGAAACGGCAAUUACUUGGGUGAUGCUAUACUCCAUCCAAAUAUGAGUCUGCAAGAAGCAAAGCGGGCUGUGUUGGAACAAUGUUCAGAUUUUCUGCCUGAAAACAUUGCAUUCGAUAGUUGGCGAUUAAGGAGGAAACUCGCUUCAAAUAGAGUGUCAAAGAUAUUUAGGGACGACAUCCUUGUAUCGGAAUGGUUAACUCGGAUUAGUGAUGCUGAGAUUUAUUUACAAAUUCUAGAGGACAAAGCUCCUAUCUUGGACAGGGACACGUUUUCAGUCAUGGCAAGAAUUUGGAGUCCAAGCGAAUGGACAUUAAAUCCUCCGUUCGAAUUUACAGUUUUCCAUGACCAUAGUCAUGAGGUUCCUGCCUUACUAUUUGAAAAGCUUCUCGAGUUGACGGACAUACCAGCAGACUCAAUAGAGAUUGCCAGAGUCGAGCUACCAUAUCCUUUUGCCCUGAACCCAGUCGCCAUACAAGAACUUGAUUGGUUUGCCCCUGGGUCUUCGACAAAACCUAUGUAUUUAUAUAAUGACGAGUUGGUUAUUUUUGCACGAAGCAAGUCCUGCAUCCCAAGACAGUGGACGCUAGAGGAAGAAACCAUGUACCGGAAAGAAUAUGAACGAGAGCAGUACGGCACCCCACCAAAACGUGAGACGGGGAUCAGAAUAAAUCUUAAUUUAUCAAAGUCACCAAGUUCUCGUUGAACCAUUCUCCUACAUACGUCAUGUCCAGUAUGUAAAUAUAUUCGGAUACUAACUAUUGCAGUAUUGUGAAAUAAUUUUAGCAAUAAUACAAACAGCCUCAAAGUCUAGCGUAAUGUGGUGUUCUGGUGUUGUUAUCAGGAAUAGGAAAAAUCACACUUGUGGUUUUAUGUGAGCUCAGUAGUGGUGCAUAUGUAUAUUCGUAGAUAGAUAACCGGAACUGGUGGUAUAUGUACAUAGCUUUAAAUUAAAUUGUAUGUUUUACUAUACUUACUAUGGAAUAUAGGACUAUUCCUAUUUCUAUCUUCUUGUACAUGUUUUGCUUUCUUAAGCUGUAAAUUUUUAUCUAGUAAUAAAUUUCUUGUGUUAAA